AUGAACAUUCUGACGCGUGUUGUGUGCUUGGUGACGGCUGUCACAUUGUGGGAAGAGUACAGCAGGAACGCCAUCCAUCCGGCAGCUGCGUCGGCUCCUAUACCUGCAGCGAAGUCUGGAAGCCCUGCUGCGCCCUCGAAUAAAGACGUUCAGGUUCUUACGGAUGCAAAUUUUGAACGGGAGACUCAGGCAGUAACCGGCUCUACCUCAGGAGACUGGUUUGUGAAGUUCUACGCCCCGUGGUGCAGCCACUGCCGUAGCAUGACCCCGGCAUGGGAGGAAUUGGCGUCAAUGUUGAAAGGGCAAAUCAAUGUUGCAGAUCUCGACGCCACGGCGAACGCACAUACAGCCACACGCUUCGGUAUAAAGGGCUUUCCUACUCUACUUUUUCUAAAAGACGGCCAAAUGUACGAACACAAGGGCAAGCGCAGUGUUGAUGCGCUCUACGCUUUUGCGACAGGUGGCUGGAGGGAAGCCACUCCCCAGCCAAUUCCACCAGUGAUGUCAUUCUUCGAUACUAUGAAAGGCGAAAUCCUGUCGGCAGUUUAUCAGCUACGUGAUGUCUUCAUUCAGUCUCCGAUCCCCCUCUUUCUACUUUUCAGCUUCGGCUGCAUUAUGGGGUCCGUGUUGACCUGUCUAUGCGUGGCCAUGUGCGGAGGAACAAAAAGUCGGGAGAAAAAGCUUUCAAAAUCUCUAAAAAAGAAAGAUUAA